AUGGUUCUGUUUCAUCGUACAACCUCAUCGACUUUCCUAUGGUACCGUUUGAAUCUAUGUCGAUAUAAACACCGUCUUAAUCAUCCAGGUGUUCAUAUUCCACAUGGUGUACAAUAUCAAGUACCGUAUAAUCUUCCGGAUGAAUACACUGAACAGUCACUCUAUCCACCGAUUCGAUCAAAACAUCCCCCGGGUUCAUGGGGCUCGAUGGAAUCGAAAAAGGCGUGGAUGCAUUUCGAGUUAGGAGAAAAGUAUUAUCGACAUUUGAAAUGCGUCAAAGAACGACUGACGAUAAUGGCCUAUCAGAAUAUGAUGUGUUACUAUGAUGAAUUAGAUGUUGAACAAAUCGAUUCGAAAUUAAUCUGGAUGUUAACUGGCCGACCACGCUCACCGCGCUGUUUACCCUUCUACAAACAUAUCACUCAAACGCAUGUAACAGAUGAACUACCGAAAUUUUACGAACAAAUGGAUGUGGAAAGUUUAUUGAAUUAUGUUAAACCAAUUCUAAUCGACCGGAUACUAACUGAUGAAUAUGCACAAAAAGAAGACAUACCGUUAGAAGAUAUGUAUGACAAAGGUGAUUAUAAAGUACCAUCGGUCAUGCGAGAUAAACAACUUGAAAUGGAUAAAAAACAAACAACGAACGUGUUGACAAAAAUGAUUCGAACAAUCGUGAACGUUCUCGCCGAACACAAACCAUAUCUGAGAAAAACAAUGAUUGGAUCCGAUGUGCCAAUCGAAGCUUGGUGGAGCUCGAAUUUGAAUGGAAUGAAACUAGAUCGAGCUAAAUGGCAUCAUGAUUCGAACACCACAAGUUUUCAAUUUCGUGAUAAAGCAUCCGUACAAGUUAAAACUGAUCGACCAUUAAGAAGUAUUGUUGAUCCUAAUAGCACUCUAUGUCAAACUCCUGUCCCACUCUGUCCGUAUCCUCCACCGGCAUAUAAAGUGUUCACUGAUCGUUAUCUACCUAUGCAGAUUCCAGGUCACUGGCAUGGUGAAGGCCACGAUUUUAACCUUCUAACAGUCUAUCCAAUGGAUUCCAUCUAUCGAUACGAUAGUUAUUUUGGCGAAGACGAGCUCUUACCUAGUUUGAUGUCGUGGAUCGUUAACGCUAGUCAUGCUGAACUACUCGCACAAGCCUACUAUCUAGGUUUUUCCAUGUGGAGAGAACCAACAUAUCCUUUGAUCGCUCAAACAAUUCUUAGUAAUCGCCGUCAAUGGAUUUUUGGUGUUUAUCAAUUGAAUACCAUCUCACAUUUCAAACCACACGAUGCUCACACAACAUCCAACAUCUGUUGGGUGUCGCCAUUGAUGAAUCUGUACGAUGGAAUAGAAAAUGGUGAAUUAGUUAAUUUUAACGAUGAUGUUCUCCGUCACUUAUUACGAUUCAUACUCAACGAACCAACUCAACAGCCCAAUUGGAACUUGAGACCCUAUGUCGAAGAUAUAACAAAUUUAGACGAACGUUAUAGGAAAUUUAUUCGUAAUCUUUAUGAAGUUGUGAAACUUGAUCAACAAGAUAGUCGAGAACAUCAUCGAUGGGCAAAAGUUCACCAUGAUAUUGUUUUUGAUAAUUGGCCAAGAGAAUGGUAUGGAAGAACAUUAGAAAGAAUCGAACGAAAGAAAAGCAUGCCCACCAUCAAAGAAUAUGAUCUUCUCAUGCCUGUUACUCGUUAG